UCUUGCAGCGAAAGGAAGUCUGUUCAUCUUCAUAAUGAGACCCAUUCAGUGGCUGGCUGUUGGAUUCUUCCUGCUUCUUGAUUUCUGUACAGGACAAAGGAUGGUGUCCAUUCAGAAGGGCCGUCUCUAUCGAGCAAAGGGCUACCAUGUCACCAUCUGGUGUAAUGUUAGAGGGUAUCAAGGACAACUUCAGCAGGAUUUCCAAUGGUCCAUUUAUAAGCCAUCUGCUCCAGAUAUGGAAAUACAGAUGAUCGGCACUCAUGACAAUUUCUCUCCUUACGCUGCCUAUGCCCAACGUGUCAGAAGUAGGGAAAUUUACAUCGAAAGGCUCCGAGGAGACUCCGUUCUGCUACAUCUCACAGACCUCAAAGAUCAGGAUGCUGGCGAGUACCAAUGCCACACACCCAGCACAGACAGUAAAUACUUGGGGACUUACAGUGCUAAAAUGAACCUCUCAGUCAUUCAAGACACACUUUCUGCCACCAUGAAGAUGCAGUCUCUCAGCAGAGAUCAAGGAGAUUCAUUAGAACUCAUUUGUGAAGUAUCAACAGCAACAACUAUACAUACCCACCUCUCUGUUGCCUGGUACAUCCUUAAAAAAGAAGGAGAUGGACAAGCCCAGAAGAUCAUUUCUUUGUCCAGGGAUUUUGUCUUACUUCCAGGACCAUCCUAUCAGCAGAGGUUUUCUUCUGGAGAUGUCAGGCUAGACAAAACAGGGAGCAAGGAAUAUAAACUAUUGAUUGCAAAGAUACAACCCUCAGACCAGGGGGAGGUGUACUGUGAAGGGGUGGAGUGGAUUCAAGAUCCUGAUGAAACAUGGAAAGAUAUUGCCCGGAAACAGACAAAUCGAAUAUCCCUGAUGGUCAGAAGCCUAGAUCGACCUACCUACAUCCCACCCUUGCUUACAGAAAGCCAUAUGCAACUGUUUCUGUCAACCAAUCAUGAGCAAACCGUGGAAGGUUCAGCUUUAGUCUUCCACUGUAAUGGGACCAUAACUGAGAAAUCACUAUCUGUGACCUGGUGGCAUAUUAAGAAGAACGGAGAUUCUCCAUUGUUCAUAGCCAGCUUGGAUCAGGAUGGCACGCUAAAGAUAGGCCAUUCCUACUUGGAACGCAGUGUUAAUGGUGAACUCAGAUUAGAGAAGCUGGGGCCUUCCAUAUUUACCUUGACCGUCUAUAAGUCUUCGGCUACCCAGGACACAGGGCUUUAUCGCUGUGAAGUGGCAGAGUUGUCUAAGGGAAAGAGCUGGACUCAAGAGAUCUCAACAAAAGUUGAGCCACUAGGGUUGAAUUUAAAUGCUGAGCUGAGCAGCAGAAAACCAAAUGUAAACCUGUAUGAAGAUAUUGAACUUUUCUGCAAAGUGUCUGGAAAUGGCAUCACUAGCCAAGCACCGGUAUCCAUCACGUGGCAAUUCAAAGACAGCACUGGUAUGACUGGCUAUCAGCAAGUGGUCAAAGUCACUGCAGGAGGCAAUGUUGAGUGGGGCUCAUCUGCACCUCAUUUGAGCCCCCAGAAGAAAGCAAAGAUUACCAAAUCCCCCUCUGUAUCCCAGCUCUUAAUCCAUAGUGCUACAUGGCAGGAUAUGGGGAUGUAUAGAUGUGAAGUAGAAAUCUGGAAAAACUCAGGACCAGCCGGAAGUUCAGCUAUGGCACCCCAUGCUGUGAUACCCUCUAAUCCUAUUGAGAUCAAAGUUAUUACUCCAGAAAGCAAGUUAAUCACCGACAUCAGUGAAAAAUCUCUGGACAUCUUUAGCAAUGAAGAUAUAACAAUUGAUUGCAAAAUCAUAUCAUUGACAAAGAAGAAUUCUACACUAGAAAUUACUUGGUAUUUUCUGCCAUUGUAUCCCAAGAAUGCAGCUCCACUGAUGAUUUUAAGGACCAAUUACGAUCACAUAUCGGAAUAUGGGGAAGCAUUCAAUUUUCCUCAUCAGAAAUCCAGAUUUCAUAGCAAAAAGGUUUCCAGUCAUUUGUAUCAACUGCUCAUUCUGUCAGCAGAUAAUGAAGUCCAGGGUAAAUAUUAUUGUGAAGUAAAUGAAUGGAUCUGGGUAGUAGAUGCUGGCUGGCAUAGCCUCAGGAAAAUGGAAUCUGGUCAUACCACAGUGUAUUUCAAGCUUCCAGAAACUAAACCACACAUUGAAAGAACAAACCACAGCAUUACCACCAAUGAAAAUGAGGAAGAGACCCUGAAAUGUAUUCUGCAGAGCCCAAUACAACCCACCUCCCACUUCCUGGUCAGCUGGUUUAAAAUGUCAGAAUACUUUACUGUUGCAACUCUGGGGGAAAAUAAGAGCAAUGGUAGUGUUUGGAAUGGUAACAUGAAUAUGGCAAGGAGAUUGCAACCUUACAGCCAUUCAGUUGGCAACUUUUGCCUGAAACUGCAGGAUGUGGAGAUGGCGGAUGCUGGGUUGCUCUUUUGCCAAGUGGAAGAAUGGCGGGCACCCAACAGCAGCACUGUUCCCAUCCAGCAUGAAUCAGCACCAACCAAUUCUUCCCAGAUUUGUUCUCCUCGAUCUCUGUACCGCUUCCUUUUAUUCUACCCUCCAGUCCUGUUCCUUAUCUUGGUGGGUGUCUUCCUCAUGUUGUACUUCAGAAGAAAACGUGUUCCAAAGGAAAAAGUGGCUUUGGAACAAAACAUCAUUUCUAGAGAAGAGCUUACUGUGCUGGCACCAAGCCACUUUGAACCCAGUGGUAAGAGUUGUGAUAACAACAUAGCAGAGAAAAUAAAUCUUGUCAACUGAAGAACAAUGAACUGGAUGGACUCUUGAGGAGAUAAUGUCUGCUGUAUGGCAGUAGUUUUGCAGUCCUCCUGGUUGGACUCCAGCCUCCAUUGACUCUAUUAAGUAGGACUGCUGAGACUUAUAAUCUAAACAUUUGAGGGUCACACAUUUCCCACUUGUGCUUUUUUAUUCUUGUGGUAUGCCUUCAACAAGAGUGAAAAGUAGCUCCCGUUAAUGAGUUUUUUUUGUCUCUAACCCAGUGGCAGCCAUUUCAGGUCUUUCAGGUUGCCACCUCUGUCCUGUUUCACCCCUCUGAAUUCAACUAAUUACCACCAAUUUGAAUGUUACUAUUUCCUUUUAAAGACAGGUGCUUCACAUGCCAAUCCUACGCACAUUUACUCAGAGGUCAAUGUCAAUGAGUAUUCACAAAUGAAUGCAUGCUAUCUAUAACUUUACAGCCUAAAUCUUAAGUCAGAAGCAUGUUUUAAAAAGAAUUAAAAUUGAUUUUUCCUAUUUUUAUAUCAGUUGGUAACUUAUAUAACAAUCUGGUGUUACAU